AUGCUCGUCUUCGUCGUGGUCUGGGCCGUGGCCUUCCUCGCGCGGCUCGUCAUCGAGCUCGAUCCAAACGCGAGGGCCCGCAAGUUCGCGCUCGUCGUGACGCUCGAGGUCGCGGUCAGCCUCCAGGGCUUUUGCUACGGCGUCCUAUGCCUGAGCUCCGACGACGCGCUCCGGCGCCUCGAGGACGCGACGAUCGGCGCCGCGCGAGCGGCCGCGGCGCGCCGGUCCGAACGGCGCCGGCUGCGAAAGAUGAGUAGCCUCGGCCCCGCGGCGCGCCAUCCCUGGUCGGAGCUCGCCGCGACGCCGCGGACGCGGCGGCGGACCCUUUCGCGGCUCCCGUCGCUGUCGAUGUCGCGGCGGCGCCUCCCGAGCGGCGACGUCGAGGCGCCGGCGGCGGCGCUCGACCGCGACGUCCACGCCGCGCUCGAGGACCUCGCGCCGCCCGGGGCCGACGUCUACGCCGUUGGGGUCCAGGAGUGCAACUGCUGGCCCGAGCUCGUCGCGGCGGUCGGCGGCGCGCUCGGCGCGGGCUUUUCGGAGCUCGGCCGGGCCCAGCUCGGCUCGGCGCACCUCAAGGGCGUCAUCGGCGUCGUCGUCUUCGCGCGCGCAGACGACGUCGCCGCGGGCUUCGUCGCCGCCGAGGCCCGGGCCGCGGUCCCGCUCGGCGCGGACCUCGGCGGCGGCCGGCGGGCGUCGAACAAGGGCGCCGCGUGCGUCCAGCGUCCCGAGGCCGUGGCGACCUUCGAGAGACCUUGA